AUGACUUCCGAAGAGAGCGGCGCGGCGGAGGCUUCGGCGGACGAGGUGUCGAUGUUGCGCACGGAGGUCGGCAAACUGACCCAGGAGAUGCUGAUGCACCGCCAAGUCCUGGAGCAAUGUCUGGAGGUGCGUGAGAGCGUGCUGGAGCUGCUCCAGCAUCGGGAAGCCCUGGUUCAAUGCCUGGAGCUCCGGGAAGGAGUGCAGGCAGCUCUCAGCAGCACGCAGAUCAUCGGCGAAGUCGUGGAUCGCACGUCAGAGCUGGAUCUCUCGCUCGCCGGGGUGUCGGACAACACGGCGCGCCACGGUCGAGCGAUUGCGAGCCUCACGGAGCAGCAGCGACGCCGAAUCCUUACCGAGCGGUUUCUGUGUCACGCCAGCGGCAUCGAAGCCAUGGCCAAUUUGGAGCAGCAACUGAAGGACGCCCUGGAGUUGGUCGAGGUGCGGGAUCUGCAGAUCCAAGGCCUCCAAGCAGAGAUCACGCUGCUGCGGCGGCAGCUCGCUCAGACGCCGGGCCCCUGCCCGUCCGUCAGCGAAGCCCCGAACCAGGCAAAGAGGCCGAGGCUCCCUGCGUCCACGCCCCCCGCCCCGGCAAUCGAGAGGGCGCCCGCAGUCGCCGCACUGGGUUUCUGGGAUGCUCUGCUGGCCAAGGAGCUGGUCCUGGCGAUGUUCCUGGGUUAUCUCUCCUCGCCGACUUUCGUGAAGCUGGAGAAUUUGUCAGGGAAAAGCCUGGUGGUGCUGAAGAGACACUGGCCCAGAUGCCUCGACUUGUCGGAGGUGGGGAAGGUGGGAGGUGCAUGCUGGUUUCCCACGGACAAUUCCUCGAGCUUCCACAGCCUGCUCGCGCAGCCGAAAUGGAAACAGGCCAAGGUGCUCCGCUUCCCUGCCACGUGGCUUAGCAAGGAACGGUCCAAGUACGGUCGGAAGCACGUUUUGACGGAAGACAUGAUGAAGGCCAUCAGCCGCCACUUGCCUGAGCUCGAAGAGAUAGACCUAUUCCCUUACGAGGGCUCUCCAUGGACCGGUGUGGAUUCUCGCAUCGACCAGUUCGGACGCGAGAUUGCUCGCCUCCAAAACUUUCGAAGCUUGAAGAUGGAACUGUGGGACUGGAGGCCAUUGAGGAUUCUCCAGAAUUGUCCCAACCUUCGGGUCGUGCAUUUCCGAUGCCCUCCUAUCGGACGCGGAUUCGAUGCCCCCGGAACACCUUUUCAGCAGCUCCGGUGCCUGCAAUCCUUGGAAGAGCUUUGCCUGAUGCCAGGGAGCCGACGUCUCCCUGGGGGCUUGCUGGCACAUGACGGCGAACUACAGAACCUGCUACGUGACUGCCAGCAGCUUCGCAAGCUGGAUGUGGUGCCCUUCUGGGGCUGGACUGGCCAGAUACUACCCAGCCUAGCGGCCCACCCAAGAUUGGAGAACUUGGCCCUCGUCGCCACUCCGUCCAUGGACCUCGCCAAUGGCCUGAACCAACUCUGCACUUCGAACUCCUUGAAGCAGAUUCGGGUCGUGCAGUCGAGUCCUGUCUUGGCAAAUCCGCCGCCCUGUCGGAUCAAGAUCGUUGUCGAGAGUGUCUCUGGUUUUUGA